AUUACUUUAUGGCUGCCGUUGGUGUAUAAUAGAGUAGUUUCAUCGAUCUGUUAAGGUUGAGUUUCAAUCUAAUUAAAAGCCAUGUCUGGAAGACCUAUGAAAUACCCAUACACAUUGUCUGCAAAGAUGGCUCGAUUUCCAUUUGAUCAUUUCUAUUUCAAAGCUAAACGUGGUUGGGUCAUCAGAUAUUGGACACUUAGCUCAAUACUUUUAUUACCUCUUUGGUAUAAAAUAACAAAACUAACUUAUAAUCCAGAGAAUGUGAAAAAAUGGGAUGAGAUCCAUGCAAAGCAAUUUUCAGGAGAAAUGCGUCAUUAA